AUGGCCCCCUGCCAAAUCCGGAGAUACCAGGAUCAAGACUGGCAUAUGGUGAGGGCCAUAUUCGCAGAUGGAAUGAUGCAGCAAGUUGUUGACAAUUUCUGGUAUCAGCUGAAACAGCCCAUAAGCUUCCUGCUCCUGCUGGGGGGCCCCGGGGCCCUGUUCCUUGGCUCUGGCUCCUUCCUCCUGUCUCUCCUGGCCCUCCUGGGACUCUUGGUUAUCCUGUGGCUGGUUGCUAGGUAUCCCUUCUCCUAUUAUGUAGACCACGCUCUGCACACUGACAUGUGGGACAUCAGGGCAUCCUACCUCAAUGACAAAGGAUCCUGUUUCUGGGUGGCAGAGUCAGGGGGUCAGGUGGUGGGCUUGGUGUGUGCCUGCCCAGCACAAGAGGUUUCAGGAAGACAGAAAAAUCUGGAGCUGCUACACUUAUCUGUGAGACAGGACCAUCGGGGCCAGGGCAUCGCCAAGACCUUGAUUCAGACUGUGCUCCAUUUUGCUCAGGACAAGGGGCACAACGGUGUUGUCCUGACCACUGCCAGCUUGAAUUACCCAGCAAGAAGACUGUAUGAGAGUCUUGGCUUCUGGAAAUCCCAUGAAACACUGAUGGCAUUGAAAUGGUCCAUCACAGCCAUUUCUUUAGCUCAUUACAAAUACACCUUAUCCCUCUGUUCCUGA